UAACUUUUUUACCCAGAAAGUGAUUAAAUACAAAUACACAAAUAAAUAAAAAGAAGUGAAUCUGAUUAUUCUCUACAUCAGAUCAUUUUAGCACGUAUUCAGAUUACAAAAAAAUCAAAAAGAUGAAGAAGCAAUUGCAUUUUGUAUUGUGGUUAAAUGUUUAGGUGUGAAGCUAUUUCUGCAUUGUAAAUUGAGCCCCUUGUUUUGCAUGGGAAUUAAUAUGUCUGUUUCAUCAUUGUCGUCAUCAUCUCCUCCUUCAUGGUCAUGGCACUUGAAUAGUUAUUCCGAAUUUCAUCCUCCUUCGUAUUACUGUGUCAAUAUAAAGCCUAUUUGUAUACAGAUCUUUUCAGCAUCUUGGAUUUGUUUAAUCAUAUCAGCAGCUGUCUAUUAUCGCCUAAAGAAAAUUCGAAAUCAGAAAAUCAUCCCUCGAAUUGAACUUUCUCGUAUUGGACAGGUCCUCAAGUUUGAAAAAUUUUCCCAUUAUGUAGCUAGACAAAUGGGAUUUGCAGAUAGGAGACAAUGUCCUCAUCUGUGCAAGCUAGCUACUGAGUACAUAAUAAAAUCAGACGGGUGUGAGGAAGAUAUGUACAACUACUUUUCUAAUGAACCAGAUGCUGAUUCGCUUUUUAUAAAGCUUGUUGAGGAGUUUGAGAGAUGCAUCCUUAGUUACUUCGCUUUCCAUUGGAGUCAUGUUCCUUAUAUGAUGAGCCAGGUACUGAGUGCUGAUCAUUUUGAGCCAAAAAAGAAGCUCCAAAACAUUGUCAUGGCUGCUACGAGGGAACAACGAUUUGAAAGGGUGACAAAGAAUCUGAAGGUUGCGAGAGUUAUUACUACCUUAGUUGAGGAGAUGAAAGCAAUAGGACUCGUUUCUUCAGAUGAUUCACAAUGCACAGAUGUGAUGGUUCCAAUGGCUCACAAAGAUAGAAGCCCUGUCCUCCUGUUUAUGGGAGGUGGCAUGGGGGCUGGGAAAAGCACCGCGCUCAAGGAAAUUCUCAAAGAGCCAUUUUGGAUUGGAGCUUCAGCUAAUGUUGUUGUGAUAGAAGCAGAUGCAUUCAAAGAAUCAGAUGUCAUUUACAAAGCUCUUAGCUCUAGGGGACACCAUGACAUGCUUCAAACUGCUGAACUGGUACACCAGUCAUCAACAGAUGCAGCAUCAUCCUUGCUUGUAACAGCACUGAAUGAAGGAAGAGAUGUGAUCAUGGAUGGGACACUCUCAUGGAUACCCUUUGUGGUGCAGACCAUAACCAUGGCCAGAAAUGUUCACCGGCGACGUUACCGAAUGGGUACUGGUUACAAAGUGGAAGAGGAUGGAAGAGUAACUGAAAACUACUGGGAACAGAUUGAUGAAGAAGAACAGGAAACUGAUGGUACAAGAAAAAGAAGACCUUAUAGAAUAGAAUUGGUUGGAGUUGUUUGUGAUGCUUAUUUAGCUGUCAUUAGAGGGAUAAGGAGAGCUAUCAUGUGUAGAAGAGCUGUUCGGGUGAACUCGCAACUGAAGUCACACAAGAGAUUCGCAAAUGCAUUUGACACAUACUGUCAGCUUGUGGAUAAUGCAAGGUUAUAUUCCACGAAUACUUUGGAAGGCCCCCCUAAGUUGAUAGCAUGCAAGGAUAGAGACAAGACAUUAUUGGUGGAUCCUGAUGAGAUAACUGUACUGAAAAUGGUAGGGAGGUUGAAUGAAGGAGCUGAUUCCAUUUAUGAACUUUACAAGAACCCUCAUCCAGCUUAUCAAUCUGGCUCAGUUUGGAAAGACAUUGUUAUGUCACCUUCUAGGUUGAAUAUUCAGAAAGAACUCAAGUAUUCCAUUCAAAAAGUUGAAAGAAUGAGAUCCUAAAUCAAUCAUCAAUGACUACUCGACAAUAUGACUUUGAGAUUUGGAGGCUAAAAUCCCUUCUCUAGUUGGUUUUGCCUCCUCAAAACCCUUCCUUAGCUUGUAAUCUUGAAGCCUUGUAGCUUUCAGUUGAUUUCAAAGAGUUGUAUUAGGUUUGGUUUUUUUUUUUGGGAGUGUCCCCGGGUAAUUAGGAUUACGCGAGUAGGGCACCAUUUGGGAGUACCGCUCUCGAUGAAAGAUUUUUUCCUAUUCAGAACUCAAAUUGAAAAUAUCAGAUCAAGAGAGAAUCUUUAUCCUUUGCACUUAUUCCUUUGAUGGUAGUUUGAAAAUUGUGAAGAAUAUUUUUUAUUUUUUGAAAAAUAAUAAAUAUUAAAGGUGUCAGAGGUAGAUUAGAAGUA